AUGAGCCUGGCUUUCCACCCAAAUAAUCCAGCCUGGUUGGCUGCUGGAAACUUUAAUGGUGAAAUUUUUUUGUGGGACCUCAGUGUAGAUGACGACCCCUUAAUUGGUGGCUGUGGCAUGGGACACAGUGAUUCUCACCGUGAACCUGUUGCUAAGUUACAGUGGAUUCUUGAUCCACAAAGUCGGGGUAAAAGCUACAAGCUUGUCAGUGUCAGUGGAGAUGGAAAGAUACUUAUGUGGAACUUUGAUCAACAGUUGAAGCAACUAACUUUGGCUGAAGGAUUUUUGGUAAUUGCCCAAAAUUUGCCAAAAUCUCUACGGGGUAAGGGAAGUCGUUUAACCAGAGAAGUUGGACUGACAUGUUUUUCCUGCAGCCACUAUGAAGACAAUUCAUUUCUUGUAGGCUCAGAAAGUGGUACCAUCUUUAAAUGCUCCAGAGAUUCUUCUAGCAUAUUGAUACCUGCUGAUGAUGAGAAAGGUUGCUCUGUACCUUUGAUGGCUCCAAUAACCCUUUCUUAUAAACCACAUAUUGGACCAAUUAAUGCCAUUGAUUAUUCAUCUUUUCAUCAACAAGCCUUUCUCUCUGUAGGAAUGGAUGAAUCAAUUAGAAUAUGGAAUGCCUUGGAGACUCAACCCAUAAAAGUUCUUGAGCCUGGCCAGGGUCCAGUGCUGUGUGGAGCCUGGUCUCCUGUGAGACCAAUGGUCAUUGCUGUUACUACAGAGAAAGGACAAUUGUUGCUAUAUGAUCUGAAAUGUAGUUAUGCACUACCUCUACAUGCAUUGCAAGCAUCCAAAAAAAAUGCACCUGUCUUUGUCUGCAGUUUCAACAAACAAUGCACCCAUCUUCUGGCUACAGGGGAUGGUUUGGGUUAUGUUCACAUCUUUCAUCUUGAUGAUGAUUUGUCUCACCAAGACCCAAGGGAAGUGGAGCAAUUUGUAUCUCUAGUCUCAACUUCUGAAUGA